AUGACUACCAUCAAAGGCCCCGGUGCUGCUCCGACCUACGACGGCUCCGGACUCCGUGUUGCGAUUGUCCACGCCCGGUGGAACACCGCGAUCAUCGAGCAGCUUGUCGCGGGCGCAAAGAAGACCUUGUUGGCAGCGGGCGUAACCGAGGACAACAUCACGAUCCAGACCGUUCCCGGCAGCUAUGAACUGCCGUUUGGUGUCCAGCGGGUUUAUGCGGCCUCCCAGCUCCAAGCAAGCUCCUCCGCCGAAGGCAUCAGUGCCACCGACUUGUUGUCAUCGUCAACCACAGACCUGAGCAAAUCCGCGACCCAGUCGCCGUCGGGCAGUCCGAAGAAACCGUUCGAUGCCAUUAUUGCCAUUGGUGUCCUGAUCAAGGGCGCGACCAUGCAUUUUGAAUACAUUGCCGACGCCGUCAGUCACGGACUGAUGCGGGUUCAGCUGGAUUCUGGCGUGCCCGUGAUCUUUGGGCUGCUGACAGUUCUCAAUGAAGAACAGGGUCUGGAGAGGGCCGGACUAGGCAAAAGUGGCAUGCAUAACCACGGCGAAGAUUGGGGCCAAGCAGCCGUGGAGCUGGGCUCCAAGAGGAGAGAUUGGACCGAGGGCAAGAUCGUUUAA